CAUUUGGCGCCACAGACGCAAUACUGCCACUGUAGAAGUGAGAUUGUCCUCUCUUGAGUUAAAACAUUAUAUUUUUUUUACCCUACAUAGCUAUAAACUCAGCUUCAACAUGCUGACAAAGGGAGCGAUAGAGGCCCUAACCAAAUGCUCUAAUGAUUUACAAAACCCCAUACUUCAAUUAGUGAACAUCCGUAAAAUUGAUGGAGGCAGUGGACCAGCCCGCUUUCGUCUGAUGAUGAGUGAUGGACAGCACUCAAUGUCUUCGUUCAUGCUCUCCACCCAGCUCAACCCAAUGGCCGAGGACAACCGACUAGCCCCAAACUGUAUCUGUCAGCUGAAGAGGAGCGUGACCAAUAUCUUAAAGGAUGGACGGCGUGUGGUGGUCAUACUGGACAUGGAGGUGGUGAAGUCUGCUGAUGAGGUGGCUGGGAAGAUCGGAGAGCCCCAGCCUUACGUGGAAGGUCAGAGUAAAACCCCACAGUCAGCCCCCAAUCCCUCAGUCCACCCCCUGCAACCCCAGAAUGGAAUUGAUGGCUCCAUGAACAAAGGUCCCAGCAGAGCGUUUGGGGGGAAUAAGGGCAUGCCUCCGUCUGCCAUGCCCAGCACUCCUGGGGGAUCCUCCAAAGUUGUGCCCAUCGCCAGCCUCAACCCCUACCAGUCAAAGUGGACCAUCCGAGCCCGUGUCACCAACAAGAGUGGCAUCCGCACCUGGAGCAACUCUCGUGGGGACGGCAAGCUGUUCUCUAUGGAGAUUGUGGAUGAGAGUGGAGAGAUCAGAGUGACUGCCUUUACCCAGGAGGUGGACAAAUUCUACAGCAUCAUCGAGACUGGCAAGGUGUUCUACAUCUCCAAGGGAUCCCUGAAGAUCGCCAACAAGCAGUACUCAUCCCUGAAGAAUGACUAUGAGAUGACCCUGAAUGGAGAGUCCACCAUCAUUCCCUGUGAAGACACCCAGGACGUACCCAUGGUGCAGUGCAACUUCGUCUCCAUCGCCGACCUGCAGGCCCGAGAAAAGGACACCAUUUUGGAUGUGAUUGGAGUGUGCAAGAGCGUGUCUGACGUGACCCGCCUCAACACCAAGAACAACCGUGAGGUCUCCAAGAGGACGCUCAACCUGAUGGACCAGUCUGGUAAACUGGUGGAGGUCACCCUGUGGGGAGAGGAGGCAGAGACCUUUGAUGGCUCUGGGCAGCCCAUCCUGGCCAUCAAAGGGGCCAAGCUGUCGGACUAUGGGGGCAGAUCUCUAUCUGCUUCGUUCAGCAGCACCGUCAUGGUCAACCCCGACAUCCCUGAGGCAUACAAGCUGCGGGGCUGGUAUGACAAGGAGGGCCACUCUAUGGCUGGCCAGUCUCUGACGGAGGCGAGGACAGGUGGAGGAGGAGGAGGGAACACCAACUGGAAGACCCUGGCUGACAUCAAGACGGAGCACCUUGGACACGGAGACAAGGCAGACUACUUCAGCUGCAUCGCCACCAUAGUGUACAUCCGUAAGGAGAACUGUCUGUACCAGGCGUGCCCUAGUCAGGACUGCAAUAAGAAGGUGGUGGACCAGCAGAACGGCAUGUUCCGCUGUGAGAAGUGUGACAAAGAGUUCCCCAACUUCAAGUACCGACUCAUCCUCUCUGCCAACAUAGCAGACUACGGGGACAACCAGUGGGUGACCUGCUUUCAGGAGAGUGCUGAAGCCAUUUUGGGACAGAACGCUGCUUACCUAGGGCAGCUCAAGGACUCGAAUGAAGCUGCCUUCGAGGAGAUCUUUCAGCAGGCCAACUUCCACACGUUCGUUUUCCGUAACAGAGUCAAGCUGGAGACCUACAAUGACGAGUCCCGGAUCAAGGCCACGGUGAUGGAGGUGAAACCUGUGGACCACAAGGAGUACAGCAGGAGACUCAUCAUGAACAUCAGGAAGAUGGCUGCCACCCAAUAAGAAUGCUCGCUUUGCCCCCUCGGCUACGUUCAAGCUUCGCUCCCUGAUCUGCAGCCGCAGCACUUCCCAACCUGCCAGACUGACUGUGAACCAGUCCUAGGUUCGUCCCAAAUGGAUCCCUAUACCCUAUGUAGUGCACUUCUAUUGACCAAAAGUAGUGCACUAUAUGGGGAAUAGGGUGCCAUUUCAGACGUAACCGAAGUGUAACCUAUUCUAUACUUUUUAUUUAGCUGUGUCCAUGUACCUCUGUUACUCUGUAAGUCACUGAACUUUGAACAUGUUAACUAUGCUGAAUGUACUGGAAGUUUGGUUUUGUCGUCUUGGCCCAACCAGUAAUCUUGAGAGAGUGCUGCUGGGGCAGGAUUAUAUCUGUGUUAUGGUGAUGGGUGGGGGGUGACUUCCGAAACUGCUGACAUUUUGGGUUGUGGAUUAAAUGGAGGGAGGGAUGAAUGGUGCCUGGGAUGGGACAGUCUUAACCACAGAAAUCAUUGCUGUGUGGUCCGUCUUAAGUCAGCUGUUAUUGCAUGGGUGUUUUGUAUACGCAGAGGGGUCUGUACUGUAGCUAGCACUCUGUCACUCGCUCCCACCAUCACUAUGCCUGGACCUACCCAUCCCUGAUAAGCGCAGUGAUUUUCUAACUCUCACACACACAGCAGGCAGAAUGCAGGAAAUGCGCUGUACUGUAUUUAUGUAAAUACGUGAUUUAAUUUUUGUAAUUAUUUUCAGUACCUCUAAGUUAGAAUAUUUCAGACAGCAAUAAUUGGCAUUUUUCUUUACAUCGAUUUGGUCAGUUGAUUACAUAAAAAUAAACCUGUUUGUGACCAAAAGUGAA